AAACUUCAAUUUUAAAUGAACAGGAUUAUGAUGACAUAUAUAUUGUAGAAUUAUCACAUAGUGUCUAUGAACAUUAUAAACAAAGUGACUCUGAAGAUAAUGAAAAUUAUGACGUUCGAUAUGAAAACGCUUAA